AUGGCGGAUGAAGUCGGGGCUGAAGUCAACACGUCCUCCUUCAGCGUCGUGGACCGGAGUUUUGGAGGAAUGGGCUUCGUCGGGCUGCAGUUGGGUCUCACGCUGCUGGUGUGGGCGUCUUCGGGCCUCAUCGCAGUCACCAUCCUGCGCAGUGUCUCGCUCAGCUCCCAGUACUUCUUCUGGUACCUCCUCAACUUCGUCGCUAAUAUUAUUUUGUUCAGACUGGCUUACCUCGUGUUGGCGAUAUGGCUGCUGAGGAAGUUCGCAGGCACGGGGACUUCCUUCGUGUCUAGUCCCGACGUCUGCUUCUAUAGCCUCAUGAUGGGGAGCUUCUACAGGGUGGUUAUGCACAUGUCGGUCCUCAUGAUCGCCCUGGAGCGCUACAUCACGAUCCUCAAGCCCCUAACCCACUGCUACAUCCUCACCGACAGGAGGAUCAAGUACUCUAUCGCUUCCACGUGGCUUAUCGCUUCGUGCUACAUCGUGGGCUUCGCCGUCCACAGGUACGUGUACGACGCCCCGGAGGUCAUCGUGGGCUGCAACGUAGAGACCUUCCACGUGUGGAGAAUCUACGUGUCGCAUAUGUCUGUCUGCACCCUGGUCUUCCUGUCAGUCCUCGUCAUGUACGGGCACCUCCACGUCAUCGGCAGGAAGCACCUGAGGAUCAUUGAGGCCGAGAGGAGGAUGUUCAGCCUCACUCGCUACCAGCGGAGUCUCAAGCGCUCGAGGGUCGCCUUCAUGAUCACCCUCCAGAUCUUCUGCGUCGAAGUACCAGUCUUCAUCUUCGGCAUUAUGUCCCUCACGCACGCGGAGCAGCUGUAUGCGAGAAUCGCCUUUCUGCUCGUCUCUCUGGGCCAGAUCUCGCAACCCGCCUUUUAUGCUCUAUUUUCCUCCGAGUUCAGGAAAGCGCUCAAGAAGCUGAUCAAGCAGGCAGCGGUUCAGCCUUUAGAUGACCUUGACAUUGGCGUCGGGAUGUUCCGAAGGGACCCGCGCCAGGAGAACGCCCUCGAGAGGUUUUGA